AUGAACUGGUCUGCAUUGGAAGCCCUCCUCAGUGGGGUCAACAAAUACUCCACCGUAUUCGGUCGUGUCUGGCUGUCCAUGGUCUUCGUCUUCAGGGUGAUGGUGUUCGUAGUGGCGGCUCAGCGGGUGUGGGGCGACGAGAGCAAGGAUUUUGUCUGCAACACGGCCCAGCCGGGCUGCGUCAACGUGUGCUACGACUCCAUCUUCCCCAUCUCCCACAUCCGCCUGUGGGCCCUGCAGCUCAUCUUCGUCACCUGUCCAUCACUGAUGGUGGUGGGGCACGUCAAGUAUCGUGAGAAGAAGGACAUGCAGUACGGCGUGUCCCACAAGGGCGCUCACCUGUACGCCAACCCCGGGAAGAAACGUGGCGGGCUGUGGUGGACAUACCUGGUGAGUCUGAUUUUCAAAGCAGGCUUUGACGCUGGCUUCCUCUACAUCCUGUACUACGUCUACGAUGGCUACGACAUGCCCCGCCUGUCGAAGUGCUCCCUGGAGCCGUGUCCCAACACAGUGGACUGCUACAUAUCACGUCCCACUGAGAAGAAGAUCUUCACCCUCUUCAUGGUGGUUUCCUCUGCUUUCUGCAUCCUAAUGUGCAUCUGCGAGAUGAUUUACCUCAUUUGCAAGCGCAUCCACAAACUCAUUAAACGAAAGACUGAGGCAGAGAGGAGGUUGUUUGCCGAAAAUCACGAGAUGACGCCACUGGCUGCACCGAGGUCAGAGUUCAGGUCCAAAACUUCGAUCAGAGUGGAUCCUACAGCAGCCUCGAUCCAAAACCUCAGUAACAUCCAGGAGGAGGGGACAUCUAAGAAGAAAUGAUGUACAAAAUGGGAUGUUGAAAAACUGAGCAAAGCACUGGAGAAACCACUGCAAAGGCAUUUCUCAGACUCUAAGGACAACUGCUAGAUAUCCAUCAAUUCAGGGGAGCGUUUUUGUAAAGAUUAUAGAAUUAUAGAUUCUGCAGGAAUGAACCCCUUAUGCAUGCAAAUAAUCCCUCAAAAAGGAGGAUGACAGAGGAAGUUAAAAGGUUUCCAAUAUUUUUAGAAUUGG